AUGGCCGCGGCGCGGGUGCUGCUGCUCCUGUCCGGGCGUCCGGAGCCGGCGAGCUUCGCGCGGAGUGUGUGUGGCCUCCUGGGCGCCGGGCCGGCGCUCGGGCCGUGGCCCACGCACUGCAGUUUACAGCGGGGACGGCUCGUUCUCUCGAGCAGGCCAUUCCCAGGCGCCUCGGCGAGGCUUCCGCUCCAGAGACCCCCUUUCUGCCCUUUCGCGGCCCUGGACCAGCCGCCCAGGGUCCCCGGAAGCGAGCUGCCCGCGGAUCGAGGUGUGGAUCUGGGUGUGGCCAUCAUCCUGCAGUCCAGCGACCAGACCGUCUUGUUGACUCGAAGGACGCGCACCCUCACCGUCUCCCCCAACCUCUGGGUACCCCCAGGUGGGCAUGUGGAACUCGAUGAGGAGCUGCUGGAAGGAGGGCUUCGAGAGCUCUGGGAGGAGAGUGGACUACAGCUGCCCCAGGGCCAGUUCUCUUGGGCCCCUCUGGGGUUAUGGGAGUCGGCUUACCCUCCUAGGCUGAGCUGGGGUCUCCCCAAAUACCAUCACAUUGUUCUGUACCUACUUGUCAUCUCCCAGGAAACACAGCAGCAGCUACAGGCCCGGAUCCAACCAAACCCAAGUGAGGUGAGCGCUCUCAUGUGGCUGGGACCAGAUGUAGCGGCUGCAGUGGCUGCCACAGAGGAUGGGACAGAGACACCCAGACUUCUCCCCCAGGACCUACCACCCUCCAUCCUUGCAGUGGAACUAAAGGAUGGAAGAGCCCAACCUCUGGUCCUACCCAUGUCCACACUGCUGCAGACAACCCCAGCCACAGCAGAGGACAAAGAGAGGGUCAGCACUGGAACCAAGUUUGCCCUCGGGCUCUGGCUGCAGCAUCUGGGCAACCCACAUGUAAAGGUGAAGCUCACAUGGACCCAGCAAAGGAAGAACAGAACACGGACUCUCUUCCCCAAACCAGGGAUCUGCAAAGUGAAGUAUAUCAUUCCCUCCCUAGCCCACCUGUGACACUCACAGAACAUUCACAAUCUUUAUUAUGAGAACUUUGCUACAACUUUGGGAAUAAAAAGCAAAAUUACAACAUAAGUCCUAGGCCCUGGAAGAGCCUGAAAAUAGAGGUUAAGAAGGAGGGCACAAGGGUCCUCCCACCUCCCCAGAAAGGUACAGAAUGAGCCAGGUCUAACCACAGGGCCAAGGCCUCUGGAAACUUAGGCCCCAGGCUGGUUGGCAUAAGAAACAUUGUGAACUUAAAUAUAUAAAUAGAGACCCAGGCAAUAGGCCAGGCCCUGCUUCCAAACCUCUGGGGAUCAUGGCUAAGGCCUUAUCUCCUCCUCAUCACACUGGAAGCAGGAGGCAGGAGGAGUCAUCUUUGGAGUAUUUUGGUUUUUCUUGUUUAUGUACAAAAAACCCACAACCCAAAAUAAAGUUCUCUGUCCACCUCUGAAA